UAGAGGUGAACGUGAGUUCUUCCGGGGAGCGGCUUUGAGCUCGUCCUCGCAUUCAAAGGUCGAUCAUCUGUCUCGACACGGAGGAGGGUCAUUUUGACUUCACAGCUCCUCCUUGUAUCUCCAAUGGCGAGUCUUCUGCGCGUGGUAGCCAGCAGCUGUUCCAGCCCCCUGUUCUCCGGAGUGGCCUCUGCUAAGUUACCGAGUGUCCGGACAGUGAAGACACCAUGCGUGCGAUUCUUUAGGACCCACCAAGCCCUCACUCGCCUCGCUAGUCCAGGUAUUCCAUACAACCAUCUGACUGUUGGUGUUCCAAAGGAAAUUUUUCAGAAUGAGCGUCGUGUGGCCAUCUCUCCAGCUGGAGUGGAAGCACUCAUCAAGCAGGGUUUCAAUGUGGUGGUGGAGUCAGGUGCUGGUGAAUCUGCUAAGUUCUCUGACGAAAUGUAUACAAAGGCUGGGGCCACCAUUAAGGAUGUUAAAGAAGUUUUUGCAUCUGAUGUUCUGCUUAAGGUGCGCGCCCCCAUGUUGAACUGUGCUUUGGGUGUUCAUGAGGCCGACCUUAUGAAAGAUGGAGCUUCCCUUGUCAGCUUCAUCUAUCCUGCUCAGAACCCUGAGCUGAUGGACCUCUUGUCCCGGCGAAAAGCCACCGUCCUAGCCAUGGACCAGGUGCCCCGUGUUACUAUCGCCCAGGGUUAUGAUGCCCUCAGCUCCAUGGCCAACAUUGCUGGCUACAAAGCCGUGGUAUUGGCAGCAAACAACUUUGGCCGCUUCUUUACCGGUCAGAUCACAGCUGCGGGGAAGGUUCCCCCUGCUAAGGUGUUGAUCAUUGGAGGUGGAGUGGCUGGGUUGGCCUCUGCUGGCACUGCCCGUGCUAUGGGUGCCAUAGUCAGGGGGUUUGACACCAGAGCGGCUGCAUUGGAGCAGUUUAAGUCGCUGGGUGCCGAACCCUUGGAGGUGGAUUUUAAGGAGUCAGGGGAAGGCCAGGGCGGCUACGCUAAGGAGAUGUCCAAGGAGUUUAUUGAGGCAGAGUUGAAGUUGUUUGCCAAGCAGUGUUUGGAUGUUGACAUCCUUAUCAGCACCGCGCUUAUUCCCGGUCGGAAGGCCCCUGUGCUGAUUACUAAGGAAAUGGUCGAAACCAUGAAAGACGGUUCAGUGGUGGUGGACCUUGCUGCAGAGGCUGGGGGUAACAUCGAGACCACGGUUCCUGGAGAACUGUCAGUUCACAAGGGUGUGAUCCACAUCGGCUACACUGAUCUCCCAAGUCGCCUCCCAACUCAGGCCAGCACAUUGUACUCCAACAACAUCAUCAAACUUAUUCGUGCCAUCAGUCCAGACAAGGACAUUUUUUACUUUGAUGUCAAAAAUGAGUUUGACUAUGGCACCAUGGACCACGUCAUUCGAGGUUCAAUAGUUAUGCAGGAUGGAAAAAUACUUUUCCCUGCACCACAGCCUCAAAACAUCCCAGUGGCUGCACCUCCAAAACAAAAGAGUGUCCAUGAGCUGGAGAAAGAAAAGGCUGCCACUGUCUCCCCCUUCAGAGCCACUCUAAACACUGCUGGGCUUUACACCGGAGGUCUGGCUUCAAUGAUUGGUCUUGGGCUUUGUGCUCCUCAUGCUGCUUUCAGUCAGAUGGUUACAACCUUUGGCCUGGCAGGAAUUGUAGGAUACCACACCGUAUGGGGCGUUUCUCCUGCUCUUCACUCCCCACUUAUGUCGGUUACAAAUGCCAUUUCAGGCUUGACAGCUGUUGGUGGCCUCUCCCUCAUGGGUGGUGAAUACCUCCCCAGCAACACAGCCGAGACCCUGGCUGUCCUGGCUGCUUUCAUCUCUUCUGUCAACAUUGCUGGUGGUUUCUUGGUCACUCAGAGGAUGUUGGACAUGUUCAAGCGGCCCACUGAUCCUCCAGAGUACAACUACUUGUAUCUUCUUCCUGCUGGUCUGUUUGUUGGUGGCUAUGGGGUGGCUCUUCAAACCGGCUACAACAUUGAGCAGAUGAUGUACUUGGGUUCUGGGUUGUGCUGCGUGGGGGCUCUGGGUGGUCUGUCCAACCAGUCCACAGCCCGUCUCGGUAACGCCCUGGGCAUGAUCGGAGUGGCCGGUGGCAUUGCUGCCACAUUUGGCGUGUUGAAACCUUCUCCUGAGCUUAUGGCACAGAUGAGUGCAGCCAUGGCUGUGGGUGGCAGUGCCGGUUUGGCCAUUGCCAAGAAGAUCCAGAUCUCAGAUCUGCCACAGCUCGUAGCUGCUUUCCACAGUCUGGUGGGUAUGGCGGCUGUGCUCACCUGCGUGGCAGAGUACAUGGUGGAGUACCCCCACUUUGCAACUGAUCCUGCAGCCAACUUCACCAAGAUCGUGGCCUACCUUGGGACCUACAUUGGUGGAGUCACCUUUAGUGGCUCUCUGGUGGCUUAUGGCAAACUUCAAGGACUCCUGAACUCUGCUCCCCUUAUGCUUCCUGGUCGUCAUGCUCUGAACGCCACCCUCAUGGCAGCUAGUGUGGGCGGAAUGAUUCCCUACAUGCUUGAUCCCAGCUAUACCACUGGCAUAACCUGCCUGGGCUCUGUCUCAGCACUGUCUGCAGUCAUGGGCUUGACCCUAACAGCAGCCAUCGGAGGGGCCGACAUGCCCGUGGUUAUCACUGUGCUAAACAGCUAUUCUGGUUGGGCCCUGUGCGCUGAAGGCUUCCUUCUCAAUAACAACCUGCUAACCAUAGUGGGUGCCCUCAUCGGUUCUUCUGGAGCCAUCCUCUCCUACAUCAUGUGUGUGGCCAUGAACCGUUCCCUGGUAAGCGUAAUUCUAGGUGGCUACGGUACCUCAUCAACUGGCACGGGCAAGCCCAUGGAGAUCACAGGUACCCACACGGAGGUUAACGUGGAACAGACGGUAGAGAUGAUCAAGGAGGCUCAGGAUAUCAUCAUCGUUCCAGGGUAUGGUCUGUGUGCAGCUAAAGCUCAGUAUCCAAUUGCUGAUCUGGUGAAGACACUGACUGAGCAGGGCAAGAAAGUCAGGUUUGGAAUCCACCCAGUGGCUGGCCGCAUGCCUGGCCAACUUAAUGUACUGUUGGCCGAAGCUGGUGUGCCAUAUGAUGUUGUGCUGGAGAUGGAUGAAAUCAACGAUGACUUCCCUGAAAAUGACCUGGUUUUGGUAAUUGGAGCAAAUGACACCGUGAACUCUGCGGCCCAGGAGGACCCCAACUCUAUUAUUGCUGGCAUGCCCGUUUUGGAGGUCUGGAAGUCCAAGCAGGUUAUAGUGAUGAAGAGAUCUCUGGGAGUUGGUUAUGCAGCUGUGGACAACCCAAUCUUCUACAAACCAAACACAUCCAUGCUUUUGGGAGAUGCCAAGAAGACUUGUGACGCUCUGUCUGCCAAGGUCCGCGAGGGAUAGAGAGGAAAGGAGACCUGACCUUGCUUUGCACCAGAGGAAUCACUGAGAAGAGAAGAUCGCUCCCAUUGAACAAAUCCAGUAAACCUUUAGACAAGAAUUAGCAUUAACAGGAUCAAGCCCCUAAUAAAGCACUCUAUGCCCUCUAUUUAGAUGUAGGUGGUAUAGUAUCAGUAUUUCUACUAUUUAUUUGUUUGUGCACCAUAUUAUUUUCUUUUUUUUUUCUUCCAUAAAAUUUGUUUUUGCCUCCAUUUAAAUCAAGCAAAAAGGAAAAAAGCAUUACAGUAUCACAUUAAUAGUUAAAGCUAACCAGUCACCAUAUGGGUUUGUAUGCAUUAUAGGUACAUUUUUAUAUAGCAUAGCAACUGCAGUCUGUUUUUUAAACCUUGGAUUUUUGUAGGUUCCUGUGUUUUGAAUUUGUCUUGUUUGUUUGAAAGCCAUAUACAACUCCAAACUGUAUGCUGUUUUCCAUUUCACUUGCAUAGAUUUUUGUUAACUUACCAUGAGCAUUAUUGACCAGACGUUGGUUAUGUGGUAUUGUUCCAAGUGUUAUGAACUUUUGUAGAAGGAAUUGUCUUCAAAUGCAGCUUCAGGUGGCCAUUUUUAAAACUGCUAAGCUUUGAAGGAUCGUUGUUGAUAUGAAGAUAAACCCCACUGAAUUUCACAUACGAUUUAUGUAAAGAAGAAUCACAAACACUGUGGCUCCCCAUAAGAUAAUUUAUAUUCCUUAGCCACAAUUCAAAUGAAUGUCAACACAUCAGUGAGGUUAGUAUGAGUAGUAACUGUAUGUCUGCCCUAUUGUGCUCCCAGAUUUGCUCCCAACACUAAUCCUCUGCCGUAUUUGACAGGGAUUAGAACAGAUGUACUGUAUGUUACCCACUGGGACCUAAUGGUAUACAUCCUAUGAGACAUAGGAACCAUAACACAAACCAUUACAACAACCCUACCUCUCCACAGUUCAACUUGACCAAAGCAAUCCCUCUUACUCUCCUUCAUGGGCACUAUCCCAGUUUUACACUCUUCUGCCUAGGCUCGCCUUGAGCUUUGGCUUCAUUGGGCACAUGUUCUUUGACGUAGAUCUCAUGGAUGUAAGAAUUGACAGUUUACAUGUGUAUCUAUAUGGCACAAUGUACUUUCUCAAAUAAGCUGCAAUGUAGAUGCUGAAUUUGCAAUUUAGACAAAUACAUUUUAGGGAAGGGAAUUGACUUGUUGCAAGGGAAUGGAAAUAUUUGUCAAACAUUGUCUGGAUGUUUUUCAUUUCUUCCUGCUCCUUUAGGCUAUUUUUGUAUAGAUGGGUUCAUGUGUAGAAAAAAUGCUUUGACAAAUCUGCUUUAUUGCAAUACAAGGGAGGAAAGAGUGGGAGUCUUUUUUUCAUUGUGCCAUGGUAAGAAAAUAAUUGAAUUAAUGUCAUACUGUGAAAUGUUUGUCUGUCUCUGAUGUAUCACAUAACAUCCCUGUUCAUAAACAUCCUGACAAGAGAACAGAUGGCAUGAAAAAUC